AUGGAAGGAGACGGCAGCCAAGCAGCGUCCGGAAGCCCGACUGAUCCGCAACACGACCCGGGGAAAAUGUUUAUCGGUGGGCUCAGCUGGCAAACUUCUCCAGACAGCCUCAGAGAUCAUUUCAGUAAAUUCGGGGAAAUCCGAGAAUGUAUGGUGAUGAGAGACCCGACGACGAGACGCUCCAGGGGCUUUGGCUUCAUCACUUUUGCAGAUGCUGCCAGCGUAGACAAAGUCUUAGCACAGCCGCACCACGAGCUGGACUCUAAAAUGAUUGAUCCUAAAGUUGCCUUUCCUAGACGUGCUCAGCCCAAGAUGGUCACACGAACAAAGAAAAUGUUUGUAGGAGGAUUAUCAGCCAACACAGUAAUUGAAGAUGUGAAGCAAUAUUUUGAACAGUUUGGCAAGGUCGAGGAUUCCAUGCUAAUGUUUGACAAAACCACAAACCGACAUAGAGCUGUGGUGGAGGUCUUGGGGAGCAGCUGCAAAUCUGUGUAG